CUGUUUUUAUUAUUUUAUUUACUAUUGUUAAAUAUGGUGAAUGCGCUGGGUAAGUGCGAGGUAACCAUUAAGGUUUAUACCCCGCAAAAAAUGUGGUAUUCUAAUAAAACAUAGGUACAAUAGGUACAUGUAGGUUUUUACUGCCGUAUGAAUAUUCGCAGUUUAAUGGCCGAUCAAAUAGCCACGAAGGUGUUAGUGAAUAAUAUAAUAAAUAUAUUAGUGAGGCUGUAUCCCGGUAUUAGAUCGAGCCUGAAGCACUAGACUGAAUAAAGCUGAGUCUGAUCGUCUACAUAUUAUUUUGCAUCUCCAAUUAAACCCCCCACAAUCCAUCCCUUUACAAAUUUAAAGUACGGCAUAUAAUGUAUUGUGUCGUAUCGAAGUCGGACUCGAAACUCAACUUGUUACAUUAAGCCAAUAUCUAGGUAUGUAAGGAGAGUUCCAAGUAAAUAAACGUCGAAUGGGUUGUCUAUAUAAUGAAUAAACCAGAAUAAACUGAAAAAAAAACUGCCUGUUUUUUGUUCUGAAUUUUUUUUUCAGUGUAUAAAGGUGUAUAUGAAUUAUGGUUUCUAUGGAUGCAGUAACAGUACAAAUUCAUAGUUUAUAUCACUAUAGUUACUAUAGUUACCUUGUUUUGUCAAUAUGUCAAUAUUUUAUACAAAACAUGUAUAAAACAAAGUAUAAAACAAAGAUAUAAAAAAAAUAAAAAUUGCAAACUUAUAUUUGAAAUGGAAAGUGUUUUACUGCCAAGUGAAAUUGAUUUUUUUGUUGAAGCCUUGCAUCCUCAAAGAAUGAAGAAUUUAGGAACUGAACAAUGGUUAGAAUGGCAUAACAGAAUCCAGAAAUUAAACCAAGAAGCUCUAGUUGAAGCAGCUUCUUUAAAAGAGGAACAUGUCAAAGAAGCUUUAAUUUCUUUUGGAAAAGUAUAUGUACUUAUACAUGAAGCUAUAUUAAUAAACAUUUGGAAGCAUAAGGUGCUGCCUAAAUUAUUACAGUUAGAACCAGCACCAGAGUGUACUUUCAUAGCAUAUUCCAUCCUGUAUCAUGAAGGGGUUUGUGUAUCACUGUUAGAGCUAUUUAUGUACCAUUCCAGCGCAUGUGAAGCUCUAGGCGAUUCAGCCAUAGAUCUACUUGAUUACGUCACUGGUACUAUAUCCCAGCUCUUAAAUGUCUUACCUAAAGACCAACCUGAUCAUAAAGAGACGUCUGAAGACGAAUUGUGCCGACAAAGAACAAAUUUGUCAUUUGAAAUAGGUAUUCGGGGAUUAUCUAUACUCAGAUAUCUUGUUGAGAAUAUGGACAGGCUCUCUAUAAGCGUGUGUUCCAGGAUAUAUACUACUCAUGACAUUCCAGUGCUCUUAACGGAAAUACUUAUUGGGAAACCCUGGUUUUGUGACGGGAAACAAUACAUUAAUGGAAAAUGGAUGAAUUGGGACGGGGAACAGUUAUGUCAGGCCGAAGCCCAAGUUUGGUUGGCCUUAAGGCACGUUCUUUUGGAUCCGGAAUGUCCUAAAUAUUAUCCAAUAACUGAGAAUAGGCGGAGACAGUUGGUAAAACUGAUACCGCUGAUGACUCCGAAUAUUUUGGACCAGUUAUCACCAUUGAUGGAAUUAAAGCACUGGUUGUGUAGAGUUUCUUGUAUGGAAGAAUACGCGACUCCUGCUAAACCAAUACUUUUGGAACCAAUUUUAGAAAUUAAGGAAAGGAUAUUGCAAGAUUGUGGCGCUAGAUGGAAAAAAAUAGCGGAGAAUCAGGUGUCGAACGUUUUUUCGACUAACAGAGAUGCUCUGCAACAAGCAGCCAGAAAACUAAGUGAAGCCUACAACACUGACUUGAUAGAAAAAUUUGAGGCUAAGAGCACAAACGCCUGCGCCCAUUGCAGAAAAUCAGCAAUCCAAAGAUGUUCAAACUGCAAAAAGACUUGGUACUGCUCCAGGUCUUGUCAAAUGGCUCAGUGGCAAGAACAUAAAGAAAACUGCUUCAUUUAAAAAAAAUAAAAAAUUAUUAUUAGCAAAACUAUAAAUAUGCGGAGUUUAGUUGAUAAGUAUUCCUGCCUUUACUUAACAAGUAUCCCUGUAUAUUUAAGGAUUGUAACGUGUUGGUGAACUUUGACUGCAAUAUUCCUACCGAUUCGCUUGCGUUUUUUAUCUCUUGCAACGUGAAUAAAGAUUUAGAUUCGAUUU